UGACGGCUUUCCGCCUCACGCCGUUCUUUGCCGUGGUGAUGGGGCUGCGGCGUGGCCUGUGGGCUGUUGCUGCCAUCGUGAUGGGGAAGGCCUUACCUCUGCCCCUGCUCGGAGCUUUCCCUCUCCGCUCAUCCCGCGGCUCCCCCGAAGUUCUUUCUGGAGUGGUGGUCAUAACAAGUAAGGACACAGUCCAGCACCAAGGCAUCUCGUUAACGAUGGAAGGAUCAGUGAAUCUGCAGCUGAGUGCCAAAAGUGUGGGAGUGUUCGAAGCUUUCUAUAACUCUGUCAAGCCUAUUCAGAUUAUUAACAGCACUAUUGAAAUGGUAAAACCGGGGAAACUUCCCAGUGGCAAGACAGAAAUUCCAUUUGAAUUUCCAUUGCAUGUGAAGGGGAACAAAGUUCUGUAUGAGACCUAUCAUGGUGUCUUUGUUAAUAUUCAGUAUACCCUGCGUUGUGAUAUGCGACGUUCUCUGCUGGCAAAAGACCUAACGAAGACUUGUGAAUUCAUUGUCCACUCACUGUCACAGAAAGGGAAACUGAUGCCAAGCCCAGUAGACUUCACAAUUACCCCUGAAACUCUGCAAAAUGUUAAAGAGAGAGCUUCACUUCCAAAAUUUCUCAUCAGAGGCCAUCUCAGUUCUACCAACUGCGUCAUUACGCAGCCACUAACAGGGGAGCUGGUAGUGGAGAGCGCGGAGGCCGCCGUCAAAAGCAUUGAGCUGCAGCUGGUCCGCGUGGAAACCUGCGGGUGCGCAGAAGGUUACGCCAGAGAUGCCACGGAGAUCCAGAACAUCCAGAUUGCUGAUGGGGAUGUCUGUAGGGGCCUGCCACUUCCUAUAUACAUGGUGUUUCCCAGGCUGUUCACCUGCCCUACCCUGGAAACAACAAACUUCAAAGUUGAAUUUGAAGUGAACAUUGUUGUCAUUCUGCAUGACGAUCACCUCAUCACAGAGAACUUCCCCCUGAAGCUCUGCAGGAUGUAGAGGAGAAUCACUUCAGGAUUUACUGGAAAGGGACAGAAUUCUUCAGAGGCAGAGUGAAACUUCAU